AUGGAAAUUAAACAGGAACCACUUCCAUUGCCACCACCAUCAUCAUUUGAUAAAUAUCAUGAUCAAUCAAAUAUUAAAGCUGAAUCUGAAGAUCUAUUCGAGAUAGCACGACAAAAGAAAUUCAAUUUAAUUAUUCCAUCAGAACAUGAAGAACCGAAUAAGAGAUUUCGAUUGAACAGAAAAGCUUUAGCUAUUGUUUGUCGAUCGAAUAUGACAAGAAUGCAAUGUAAUUAUCAAGUGACAAAUGAUGACCGUGCCUGGAAUUCAUUCUUGAAAAAAGGUCAAUAUAUAGAAUUUGGAGAAUUUCGAUCAGUGACAUCACGUGCUGGCACAAAAUGGUCUAAAAACAUUCAACAUGAACAUGAGCAAACGAGUACAACAUCUUCGACACAAAACCAACAUGUUCCGAUACCGAAAACAUCACUCAUAGCAGAACAGAUAGCACAAGAUAUUAUGAUAAAUAUUAAAAUAUCUAUUGAAAAUGCUAUGGAGCUUGCUAAUUCACAGAUAUCAGCUGCAUCACAACAUGAAAAAAAUGCGUAA